CAGCAGCUAACCUGUCAGAUCCACCUAAUGUGGACUUCGCAGUAGCAACUUUUUUUCCCUUUAAUGACAUGACUUUGCUGUGUUGUUCAGAGUUAAUUUCCAAGUUUAACCACGCCUGACCGAAAAGGCCAGGGAGCACGUUCUAGCGCCUUUGGGAAGGCAACCUGCCGCCAGAAUCAGGUUGGUUUCUAAGGGGAUGAGGCCAUUACCAUUUCCUCGCCAAAGAGGCCAUACGGCCACCAGAGCGUUGAAUGCACGUCAAAAGUUACAUCGAAUCAACGGACUCUGCUCAGAAAGCCUCUUGAACCACACCCUCCUCCUUGAGAGACAAAGCAGAGCCCAGCAAACGGUGUGCGGUCCCAAAGACUCCGCAAGAAGAUGAACCGAAAAGAAGAGCACCUUAAGGAAGACGGUGUUCCGUGUCUCCCCCACACUCUCUCAGCCGACCGAGAGAGCGUCACCUCGUCUGUUAAGGUGUAACUGCAGAAGCCGGUCCCCACAGGCUGCAUCCCCAUCACACCUAUAAAAAUGUCACCCGCUUCCGUUCUCUGCGCAGCACAGGCUCCUAGGGGAGCCUCCUAGCUCCCCUUUCCGAGGUAGCGUCGUUGGUUCUAAACGCGCUGCGAGGGGACCAAAUGUCCCGCAGGGCGGCGGAGCAGGCCGCCAGGGGACUCUUGCCCUCGGCGCUUCACGAACACUCCCGACCGUCUUCGGCUCUUUCCGGCCUCUCGAGGCGCUUCGGGUGGCCUCGGCAUCCGCCGCGCUCACCUUCGGCUGUUUCCGCGGUCCGCGCUCAGCCGUUGUCCGGGCAACGCGCGGCGGCUCGGCGGAGGACUUGGCUGCUUUUCCUCUGCGGGCUUCGUCCCUGACCUGGUCUGAGUGUCAUCAUGGCCCUCUAUUUUGACCACCGGGUAGAAGCCCCGGACUCAGCCGGGUCUCCUUCCCACAUCCACUGGCACCCUGUUCAUCCAUUCCUGGCAGUCGCCUCCAUCAGCACGACCUCAGGCGGCAGCCUGGACGUGUACCUGGAACAGGGGGAGCGUGUGCCUGAUACACAUCUCGAGAGGUCCUUCCGGGUCACUUCCUUGUGCUGGCACCCGACGCGACUGACGCUGGCUGUUGGCUGGGAGACCGGAGAAGUGACUGUGUUUAAUAAGCAGGACAAGGAGCAGCAGGCGGUGCCCCCGACACACACCGCCGCCGUCACCGUCCUCAGGUGGAGCCCCAGUGGGAACCGCCUCGUGUCGGGGGACAGGCUCGGUAUCCUGCUCCUGUGGAGGCUGGACCAGAGGGGUCGGGCACAAGGACCUCCUCUGCUGAAGCACGAGUACGGAAAACCCCCGACGCACUGCAUCUUCCGGCUCCCCCCUCCUGGCGAGGACCUUGUCCAGCUGGCGAAGGCGGCCGUGAGCGGCGAUGAGCGAGCCCUGGACAUGUUCAACUGGAGGAAAAGCGGCUUCGGGAGCCUCCUGAAAAUGGGGCCUCAAGAGGGACUGUCCUUCUUUGUCAGCCUGACGGAUGGGACGGUGCACUACGUGGACGAGAAAGGCACGACAACCCAGGUGGCGUCCACGGACAGCUCGGUGCAGACGCUCUUCUACCUGGAGAGGAGGGAGGCCCUGGUGGUGGUCACACAGAGCCUGCUGCUGUCCCUGUACGUGGUGAGGCCGGAGGGCCAAGCGGAGGAAGUGAUGAAGGUGAAGCUGAGUGGGAAGACGGAUCACCGGGCGGACAUCGUGCUGAUUGAAGGCAGCGUGCUUGUGACCGCCGUGGGGGAGCCCGUCCUCAGAUUCUGGGAUUUAGAAGGAGGAGAGAAUUACGUGCUGAGUCCAGAGGAGAAGUUUGGUUUCGAGAAAGGAGAGAAUAUAAACUGUGUUUCUUACUGUAAAGUCAAAGGUCUUCUGGCAGCGGGCACCGAUAAGGGGCGAGUCGCCAUGUGGAGAAAAGUGCCGGCCCCGCCUAGCAGCCGAGUGGCCGAGGGCAAGGACAGGUGGACCCUUCAGACCCAUAAUGAGCUCGAAGGCAACAUCACGCAGAUAAAGUGGGGCUCACGGAAGAGCCUGCUGGCGGUCCACAGCGUCCGCUCCGUGGUGAUCCUCCGUGAGCAGGCCAUGUGCUCGCACUUCCACCAGCAAGUGGCUGUGGCACAGACCUCCCCCAGCUCGCUCAGCGUGUCCUUCCUGUCCACGGGCGUGACACAUAGCCUGCGCACAGACAUGCACAUCAGCGGGCUGUUUGCCACCAAGGAUGCCGUUGCUGUGUGGAAUGGAAAACAGGUGGCGAUCUUUGAGCCUUCUGGAACCACGCUACGGAACGCAGGAACCUUCCUGUGUGAGUCUCCGGUGUUGGCCAUGCACGAGGAAAAUGUGUACACCGUGGAGCCAAACCGAGUCCAGGUUCGAACCUGGCAGGGGACCGUGAAACAGCUCUUACUGUUCUCCGAGGCAGAGGGGAGCCCGUGCCUCCUUGACGUCUGUGGAAAUUUCCUGGUUGUGGGGACAGACCUGGCUCACUUUAAAAGCUUUGAUCUUUCCCGAAGAGAGGCCAAAGUGCACUGCGGCGAACGGACGCUGGCCGCGCUGAUCCCGGGCGCAGCGGGGAUGGCCUCGCUCAGGUGCAACGCCAGCGGCAGCAGGAUCAGCAUCCUCCUCAGCAAGGCUGACGGCAGCCCCGAUUCCAAAAUCUGCUUCUACGACGUGGAAAUGGACACUGUGACUAUCCUGGACUUCAAGACGGGGCAGAUUGAUCAGAGGGAGAGCUUGUCCUUCAACGGGCAAGAGACCAAGAGGAGCCACGCCUUUUUGGAUGAGACACUGAGAGGCCUCAUUCCCGUGAGCCAGUUCUGGGACCAGAGCGAGCCCCGGCUGUUCGUGUGCGAGGCCGUGCGGGAGGCGCCGCCGCAGCCCGGGGACAAGAAGCCCCCCGCCGAGGACAGCCCGGGCCACACGGCGGACGUGCUGGUUCUGUCCUUCUUCAUCACCGAAGAGCACGGCUUCUUGCUCCAGGAGAGCUUCCCCCGGCCUCCCGCCUACCAGGCGCUUCUGGGCCUCCAGGUGCCUCACUAUUACUUCACGAAGAAGCCAGGAGAAGCAGAUGGGGAAGACCGGGGGGACCCGGGGUGCCGCUGCGUCCCCCACGUGGUGGGCAGGAGACCACUGCGAGACUUCAUCGGGCUGGAGGGCUGCGAUAGGGCCGCUCAGGACGCCAUGCUUAACUUCAGCUUCUCUGUCACCGCCGGAGACAUGGACGAAGCGUUCAAAUCCAUCAAGCUCAUCAAAAGCGAGAAGGUCUGGGAGAACAUGGCCCGCAUGUGCGUGAAGACCCAGCGGCUGGACGUCGCCAAGGUGUGCCUGGGGAACAUGGGCCACGCGCGUGGAGCCCGAGCGCUGCGCGAGGCCGAGCAGCAGCCGGAGCUGGAGGCCAGGGUGGCCAUGCUGGCCAUACAGCUGGGUAUGCUGGAGGACGCCGAGCAGCUGUACAGGAAGUGCGGCCGCUACGACCUCCUCAACAAGCUGUACCAGGCGUCCGACCAGUGGCAGAAGGCCGUGGAGGUGGCGGAACUGCGGGACCGCAUCCACCUGCGCACCACCUACUACAACUACGCGAGGCACCUGGAGGCCGGCGCCGACCGCGGCCUGGCCCUCAGCCACUACGAGAAGUCGGACACCCACCGCUUCGAGGUGCCCAGGAUGCUCUCGGAGGACCCGCAGUCCCUGGAGCUCUACGUCAAUAAGAUGAAGGACAAGACCCUGUGGCGGUGGUGGGCCCAGUACCUGGAGAGCCAGGCCGAGAUGGACGCCGCGCUGCACUACUACGAGCUGGCGCAGGACUACUUCUCCCUGGUCCGCAUCUACUGCUUCCAGGGCAACAUCCAGAAGGCGGCUGAGAUUGCCAACGAGAGCGGGAACUGGGCCGCGUCCUAUCACCUGGCCCGCCAGUACGAGAGCCAGGAUGAGGUGAGGCAGGCCGUGCACUUUUACACGCGCGCGCAGGCCUUCAACAACGCCAUCCGCCUGUGCAAGGAGAAUGGCCUGGACGACCAGCUCAUGAACCUGGCCCUGCUGAGCUCCCCCGAGGACAUGACGGAGGCGGCGCUCUACUACGAGGACAAGGGCGAGCACAUGGACAGGGCAGUGACGCUCUACCACAAGUCCGCCCUGCAGCACCACGAGGCCCUGCAGCUCUGCCUGGAGCAGAACAUGCCCAUCACCGAGGAGAUGGCCGAGAAGAUGACGGUGCCCAAGGACUCCAACGAGCUGUCCGAGGACUCCCGGCGCCAGCUGCUGGAACGGAUCGCCCACUGCUGCAUGCGCCAGGGCAGCUACCACCUGGCCACCAAGAAGUACACGCAGGCGGGGAACAAGCUGAAGGCCAUGAGAGCGCUGCUGAAGUCGGGGGACACGGAGAAAAUCGUGUUCUUUGCGGGCGUCUCGAGGCAAAAGGAAAUCUACAUCAUGGCUGCCAACUACCUGCAGUCCCUGGACUGGCGGAAGGAGCCAGAGAUCAUGAAGAACAUCAUCAGUUUCUACACCAAGGGGCGCGCCCUGGACCUCCUGGCUGGCUUUUACGAAGCGUGUGCCCAGGUGGAGAUCGAUGAAUACCAAAACUACGACAAAGCCCACGGGGCGCUGACCGAGGCUUACAAGUGCCUGUCCAAGGCCAAGGCCAAGAGCCCCUUGGAUCACGAGACCAAGCUGGCUCAGCUGCAGAGCAAGAUGACACUGGUGAAGCGGCUCAUCCAGGCCCGAAGGACGUACGCCGAGGACCCCAAGGAGGCGGUCAGGCAGUGCGAGCUGCUGCUGGAGGAGCCGGAGCUGGGCAGCACGGUCCGCGUCGGGGACGUCUACAGCUUCCUGGUGCAGCACUACGUGCAGACGGAGCAGCUCCAGACGGCGUACAGGUAUCUGGAGGAGAUGCGGAGGAGAGUGCCUUCCGCCAACAUGUCCUACUACGUGAGCCCGCGGACCGUGGACGCCGUGCACCAGGGCCUGGGCCUCCCCGUGCCGCGCAGCGAGCCCGAGCGGGUCCGCCACAACAGCGCGCACGGCCACAGGGAGGCGGACGACGUGCCGGAGGAGGUGGAGGGCGAGCCCUGACGGCGGCUGCCGCGUCCCCGGAACCCCCAGGUCCUCGGCAAGAGCCUGACCGUCUCGCAGACACGGAAGCAGUGACUGACGCCCCGGGGCCCUGGCCAUCACGGCCAGAAAGGGGUCCCUUUCCCGCCGAGGGACUUGGUCCCUUUUCUCCAGAACAGUCUCCCAAGUAUAGUCUGUAAAGCCUAAAAGCCUUGUUGACCUGGA